GCCGCCAAAUCGUCAAUCGCUUCCGUCCAUCUCGGAAGUCAUUCAGGGCACCAAACCUGGACCAUAUCCUGUCCCACAUGCGCCUGGUAUUCAGUCUGCCUCGAGUCUGCCAUCGCCCUUUGCACCGGGUCCUCGAUCUUUCCCUGAACCCGAGAAGCGUUCUUCUCCUCAGCCUCUUCACCCGACAUCAUCUUUUCCUCGACAAGACGGUUUGCCUGCGUUCUCAGACUCGCCUCGCCCACACUUCAGCAGUCGCCCAUCACUCCCUCCCGUCUCUGAUCGUCGGCAGAGCCCUCCAGCCAAGCCUGAUCUGCCUCCUCAGCAUCACCACCUCGAGCAGAAGCAUCCUGAACCCCAUCACCCUCUUAAUGGUGUUUAUUCGCAUCCUCCUCCACCGCCUCCCCCGGCACCUGUCGGAUACCAGUCUAGCCAAUUGCCUCCUGGGCAGAUGCCUCUACCCGCGUAUCCUAUCUCCCCAAGACACGCAAUGCCACCGCCCGCCCCUGGGCCAUACGACCCCCGAGCACCUCCACCACACUCAGAGGAGUCUGAAUAUGCUGCCCGAGUUAGGUAUGAAGCAACGGUUGACAGGCACUUUGAGAGCUGGAGCUAUCAAGACUCACUGAGCCGAAUCGGCUCAUCGUCUCGCACCAUCUUCAAUUUUGCCGAAGCGUACAGCAGAAUUGCUCAAGAGCAGCACGGCGCUCACCCCAUUCCGGCUAGACUACCUACAGAGCGCGAAGUUAGCGAUAUGCUCAGCAACAUUGAGCUUGUCAAACGUUCUUUGGAACAAGUUCGAGACCUGGUACAAACUUCAAUCCAGAACGAGCGGGCUCGAGAAGGAGCCAAGAUGAAGGGUCCUUACGAGGAAGAGCACGAUGUAAACAUCGUGCUGCUCCCCCAGGGCGAUGCCAUAGCUGCAACCGAAUCGAUACUCCGGAAUGGCGACGCGGACCCGACGGAGCUAGGACUCUCUGCAACGCAUGUGGACUACAUUACGCCAAGCUUGAGAGAAAACGACAACUCGAGGCAAGAUCUAUUCGUCCUAAACCUGAAGAAGCCCACCGACAAUGAGCCACGUCACAUAUUGGGGAGAUCGACAAGAGAUAAUUCGGAAUCGACAUGA